AUGACCAAUAACUAUAUACGUUUAGACCAAGAGGGAAGUAGUGUAAUUAAGGGAUUGAUGCCAGGGUCUAUAUCUUCGUCAUCAAAGAAAAAAGUUCAAGAGUCAGAAGAGAUAGUCAUAUCUUCUGAUGAUAACAGCAGUUAUUUCAACAACUCUACGUCGAGAAAACUUCAGAAUCGUCAUGUGCAACUUAUAGGUAUAUCAGGUGUCAUUGGGACAGCGUUGUUUGUCAGUAUCGGUAAGGCGUUAUACCGUGGUGGACCGGUAUCGUUAAUUCUUGGAUUUUCGUUAUGGUGUAUUCCGAUUCUCUGUAUUACAGUCAGCACAGCAGAGAUGGUUUGUUAUUUACCAAUCUCUUCUCCGUUCUUGAGGAUGGCCAAGAGAUGUUGCAAUGAUUCGUUAGCUGUUACUGCGGGGUGGAAUUUCUGGUUUCUUGAGUGUGUUCAAAUCCCUUUUGAGAUUGUUGCGGUCAAUACCAUUCUGCAUUAUUGGAGAGAUGAUUUCUCUCCAGCUAUCCCAUUAUGUGUACAAGUUCUGCUUUAUAUUGGAAUAUCGUUAUUCGCAGUAAGGUGCUACGGUGAGACAGAAGCAUUUUUGGCUAGUUUUAAGAUUUUAUUAGCUAUUGGAUUGUUUCUGUUUACGUUCAUUACAAUGCUUGGUGGGAACCCGAAGCACGACAGAUAUGGCUUCCGUUAUAUUACAGAUACCAAAUUUAAGCAAUAUUUCCCCAACAAUGAAGGGUCGUCUUCGAUGGGUUAUUUCCAAGGUUUCCUUGCAUGUGUCAUCCAAGCGAGUUUUACUAUCGCAGGUCCCGAUUAUGUUGCCAUGAUUGCUGGUGAAUGUAAACUUCCCAGAAAAGUUUUGCCAGUUGCUUUCAAGCAAGUUUUCAUUAGGUUAACAGUACUAUUCCUCGGUGGGUGUUUAUGUGUUGGUAUUGUAUGCUCAAGUAACGAUCCAAACCUAACAGCUGUCAUCAACAAUCCAAGGCCAGGAGCUGGGUCUUCACCUUAUGUCAUCGCAAUGAACAACUUGGGUAUCAAAGUACUACCAGAUGUUGUUAACGCUGCAUUAGUAACUGCCGCAUUUUCUGCAGGUAACGCAUAUACUUAUUGUUCUUCUAGAACACUUUACGGAUUGUCCUUGGACGGAUAUGCUCCAAAACUUUUCCAAUACUGUACAAAGAGUGGGGUUCCAAUCAAUGCCGUUCUUGUGUCUUUAGCGUGGGCAUUCAUAAGUUUACUACAAUUGGGCUCAAACAGUGCUGUUGUUCUAAACUGGCUCAUAAAUUUAAUCACUGCAUCUCAACUUAUCAAUUUUUCCAUUUUAUGUGUUAUCUAUUUAUCAUUCAGGAGGGCCUACAUUAAACAGCAUCCUUCAGGAGAGUUGCCUGAAUUACCUUUCAAGUCUUGGGGUCAACCUUAUACGGCCUAUUGUGGUCUUUUUGCUGUAACUCUGAUGAUUGGGGUUCAAGGAUACACUGUAUUCUUGCACGGUUCUUGGGAAGUUCAAAGUUUCUUGUUUUGUUACCUAAUGGUCUUCAUUGACCUCGGCAUUUUCCUGUUAUGUUUCUUUGUAUACAAGAGAACUAGAGACCCAUGGGUUAAGCCUGAAGAUGCAGAUCUUUUAACGGGCAUGGACGAGGUUGAAGAGCAUGAACUAUCACUUGGUUUCGAAAAGUACGCUCUCAGACCAACUCCAGACUGUUAA